CCCCGGCCCGGGGAGGACCCUGCCACCGCUGGAAGGCGACCCGAGGAGCUCAGCCGCGAGCGACUGGACCCGGGCGCCGGAGAGGUUGGGACUGCGAAGGAUGCGGCCAUAACAGGUGACAUUCCAAUAACGACUAUCCCCCUUGUUGAACCUCACUGUGAUAGCGGUCAAGAGACGGCAGCCGCCCCUGACCCUUCCUCUAUUGAUCCACCCUCAGAGCAAUCGAUUGAUCGUAUUUGUUUGAUGUUUGCUGACGUGACUUCACUGAAAAGCUUUGACUCUCUUACAGGCUGCGGAGAUAUUAUUGCGGACCAUGAGGAGGAUGGGGGCGGCGGGGGGGGCGGGGGGGGGGGGGCCGGCAAGCUGGGUGCCUCCAAGAAGCACCCCACCAUGCUGGCCUACCAGGGAGGAGGGGAGGAGAUGGCCAGCCCGGACCAGGUGGAUGACACCUACCUGCAGGAGUUCUGGGAUAUGCUGUCACAGACAGAGGAGACCCAGACAGAAGGAGGAGGAGGAGGUGGCACAAAGAAGCUUGAGGGGUUGAAGGAGAACCGAGGUACUGAGGGGGCCCAGAACCGGGUGGCGGUGAAACGUGGUGGCCUCCACCAGAUCCCCAUUCAUCUCAACCACAAAGAAGAACAGAAGGGCAGGGAGAAGGAGCAGCACGAAGGAGUCCCGAACAGCGACGAGGGCUACUGGGAUUCCACCACCCCUGGUCCUGAGGAAGAUGGUUCCAUGAGCAUCCAAAAGGAGACCAUUCCCAGGGACAGCUACAGCGGGGAUGCUCUCUACGACCUCUACGCCGAGCCGGAUGAGAACCCACCAGUGGCGCCUACGGGUGAAGAGGUCACCUGUGUGCAACGCUCCAAGCCCGUGUCUCCAGUAACAACCACGUGCUCACUGAAAACACCCUCAAGCACAAUGAAGGACUCCAAGAUACCCAUCAGCAUUAAACACCUUUCGUCGCAUCCUGCCAGCCAUGGAACAGACGCCAGUAACAGCCAUCACGUCGCACACCAUCACCUGGCCAAAAGCGAGAUGCACAGAACAAAAAUCCCCGUCUCUAAAGUACUGGUACGCCGGAUCAGUAACAGGGGCUUAGCAGGGACAACAGUGAAAGCUGCCACGUACCAGGAUAGUGCCAAAAAGUAG